AUGACCCUCAUCUCAAUGAUGGCCGAACCCACCCUUGCCGCCCAAUGGUAUUACGGUGGAGCUUAUUCCGAUUCGUCCUGCAAUGCGCUCUGUUCUGGCUACACCGGGUACGCUUGGGCCGAUUGUGCCCCUAAUACCGCCCCCUACUAUGGAUCUUAUU